CUUGCGGCCCCCUCCCCCUCCUUCCCGAGUCCUGGGCCGGAAAACAGCCUGGCUGCCUAAGCCCGCCAGCCAGGGCCCCCCAGUUUAGAGCAGGGUGGGGGUCGCAAAGUCAAGGUUGAUGGGAGUGGGCUGAUAGAAGGACAGGGGGAAGCCUCCUGCAGUUCUAUGACGCAAGGCCUCGUGGCACAAGCCGUUUGGAAUCCUAGAGAUGCAGCUGUGGCCUUGGGGUGAAAGACUAAUCAUACAUGAAUCAGAGGCUUGAGAAAGAGAUGAAGUUUGGCUGUCUUUCCUUCCGUCAGCCUUAUGCUGGGCUGGUCCUAAACGGAGUCAAAACCCUAGAGACUCGUUGGCGUCCUUUGCUGGCAGACCAGCAUGGCUGCACCAUUGCUAUUCACAUUGCUCAGAAAGACUGGGAAGAUGAAUCAUGGAAGUAUAUACUGGUGGACAGGCUCGGGAUGACAAGCACUCAAAUUCAGGCGUUAAUGGAUGAAGGGGAGAAAUUUGGUAGAGGAGUUAUUGCUGGACUUGUUGACAUUGGGGAAACAUUGCAGUGUCCUAGAAAUCUGGCUCCGGAGAAGAUGGUGGACCUAGAGAAUAACGCUGUGCUGACCGACUUGAGACAAAAGUACCUAACAACACUUUCAAACCCAAGAUGGCUCUUAAAACCAGUACUUGCUAAAGGUGGGAAGGAUAUAUUUCAAGUCAAGAUCCCCAGAGAACUGAUCCCUGUGGAGCAAGGAAGUUUUAUCAUGGCUUCCCAAGAAUAAAGUUGCAGAGAACUGAGCCAAACAUCUUGAAUGGAUACGAGCCAUACUGUAAAUUCCUUUUAUUGUAUUAAUUGCACGAGAUGUCCUCUACAGGAAAAAAAACCCAUCAUUUCUCAAAACCAGAUCAGUGGGAAUCGUGAUUUUCAAGCUAAAGCAUCCGUGAGGUAUAUAUCUUUUUCACCUAUUGACGAUAAUGUUUCAGAUCAUGAGGUCUAAUGCAGACAGUGAUAUCGGUCAAUAAAUGUCAUCAUGUUACUAUUUUUAUCCUA